AUGCUGCCCUGGCGAUGGUUGUCGCCCUUGCCUGGCUUGAAGAAUGGGAUUCGACUCAAUUCAUCAUAUGCUCUGCACCGGUUCCCUGAGCUCGCCCGCCGCCCGUCCUCUAGACACCAGAUUUACCAAUCGGUCUCCACCGACCCUUACGUGAACCUUUCGAUUGAACACUUCCUACUUGAAAAUGCUCCGGCGGACUCGAGCAUUCUGUUCCUCUACAUCAACAGACCUUGCGUCGUGAUCGGUCGCAAUCAGAACCCAUGGCUCGAGACGGAUCUCCGUGCCCUGCACAAUGACCGGACUCGCGCAGCCCGAGAGGGCGAAGCAGCGCUCUAUGUUCGGCGGCGGUCUGGCGGCGGCGCCGUCUUCCACGAUGAAGGGAAUCUCAAUUACAGUGUUAUUUCACCGCGCACGUCGUUCACGCGCAACAAGCACGCGGAGAUGGUGGUCCGCGCGCUGCAUCGGGUCGGCGCAACCAGCACAAGCGUCAACGAACGACACGAUAUUGUGAUGUCGCAGACAGAGGCAUCGUCAAGUGACGCUAUGGAGCAUGUCCCGCGCAAAAUCUCUGGGUCUGCAUUCAAACUCACGCGGCACCGCGCUCUCCACCACGGCACUUGUCUCCUGGAUUCGCCCAAUAUCCGCGAUCUCGGCCGGUUCCUGCGGUCCCCGGCGCGUGGGUAUAUCCAGGCCAAGGGUGUGGAAAGCGUCCGGUCGCCAGUGGCGAAUGUUUCUGCUGCGCUUGCCGACUCGUUUUUCUCGAUGCAGGGUGUUAUGGGCAGCGUGGUCGAGGAAUUCGCUCGAUUGUAUGCGGUUCACCCUGAUGCCGUGCUACGGGCACAACGGGCCCAUGCCAAUGAGCCGGAGAUCUUUGCUGGGGACAGCUGGGUUGCGGGCACGGUAGGGGAGGCGCAGAGCGAGCAGGAGGACAUUAGCAAGGGGAUUACCGAGUUAAGGUGGAAGUACACGCAAACUCCACAGUUCACCUUCUCAACAUACCCGAUUGACGAGGGUCCUCGUGAACGCCCACCGCUACCUAUUUCUCUCCCUUCUUCGACCCGCGCAUUCCUCCGCCUCAAACACGGCGCCAUUAUUGAGAGCCACAUCUCCGUCUCCUCGGACCCGUCCACUGCCUCUGAGCAAGCCAGCCGUAUGCACCAAGCCCUGAACGGGCAGAAAUUGCAUGAAUUCACUCUGGCACGGUGGACAGAGCUGCUGCGGCAGGGUCUCGGCGCGACGGAGGGUGUUGAUGAUGCCCUCCUUCACGAAUUCGCGCAGUACCUGGGGGGUCUCUUGGGUGAGAGCUCGCUGUUCGCCCAGCACUUCUGGCGUCCUGAGCGCGAUCUCCCCACAUCGUCACCGGGUAAAUGCAAGGCUGCCCCCACGCAGUGCCUUGAACCCGGCAGGAAAUCCCAUGAGACGCCGUAUUUCACGAUGGCCGAAGCUGCAGGGGUCUUCGCUGCGAAGACCGAUGUCUUGGAAAUGGUCCGUUCAUUCUCGUGCGUCUGUUAUCGGUGA